AUGGAACAUUUUAAUUUUGGUGGCUCGGAGUUGACUCGAGGUCACAUGUUUCAAAUGUUGCUUCGCAUUUCAAUAGCUUCGGUAAUAACGUACUACUCUGUAAAAUGGAUGAUGAAUCAAAUAGAUCCGACAAGUAAAAGCAAGAAGAAAGCAAAGCUACUUGCAGAAGAGCAAUUGAAAAGACUUCGCAGGGAAGAUAACUUUGACGUAAAUUUACAGACGUUCACUGAUUAUGAGCUGAUGAUUGCAUCACACUUGGUUGUUCCAGCCGACAUAGCUGUCAAAUGGAGCGAUAUAGCUGGUUUGGAUGCAGUUAUUCAGGAUCUGCGUGAAUCGGUUGUGCUGCCUGUGCGACACCGAGACAUGUUCAAGGGAUCAAAACUUUGGCAGGCGCCCAGAGGUGUACUGCUUCAUGGGCCGCCAGGUUGCGGCAAAACCCUAAUCGCCAAGGCAACAGCAAAGGAGGCCGGUAUGAGGUUUAUUAAUUUGGAUGUGGCUAUACUUACCGACAAGUGGUACGGAGAAUCGCAAAAACUGGCAUCUGCAGUCUUUUCGCUGGCUGCAAAGAUUCAGCCGUGUAUUAUUUUCGUUGAUGAAAUUGACUCGUUUCUACGAGCACGCAAUUCAAAUGACCAUGAGGCAACUGCCAUGAUGAAAACCCAGUUCAUGAUGCUAUGGGAUGGCCUCAGCACAGACCCAGAGUCAGCCGUUAUUGUAAUGGGUGCUACCAAUCGGCCACAGGACUUGGAUAAGGCUAUUCUACGUAGAAUGCCAGCACAAUUUCAUAUUAGCCUUCCAUCCGAAGUGCAAAGAGGUCAAAUUCUUAAAUUGAUAUUAGCAUCUGAGGAAAUUGAUAGCAAUGUUGAUUAUAAUCGCUUAGCUAAGCUUACCAAUGGAUUCUCUGGUUCUGAUCUUCGGGAAAUGUGCAGAAAUGCUUCUGUUUACAGAAUGAGACAAUUUAUGACAGCAACUGAUAGAAACCAACAGUCGGCACCUUCAAAUAGUGCCGAUAUAAACAAAACUUUGAUUUCCAUUACAAUGGAUGAUUUGCUGAGCUCACAUUUAAAAAUGAAGGAAUCCAAAAUGCACACUGGUAAUCUAUUUUUGGAAAAUCGAAUAGAUUUAGAUUAAGUAUUCCCUAUAAAUCAUAAUUUUUCAUCAAAAUACGAUGUUUCUUGUUAUUAAAUAUUAAUCAUGAUAUGUAUAAAUUGAUCAUUUAACAGGCUUGUCCUUUUUUGCACGAGCAAUUUUAUUUAUUAAUGAAUUAAUAAACUGAAAACAACGUAGACCAGAAA